GCAGUCUCGUCCCGCCUCCCGGCCACGUGGGGUUCUCUCUUCCUGCAGAUCCGGCCCUGGGUACGAGCAAUGGCGCCCUUCAGUAUGAAGACCCAGCCCGGAUCCCACAGCCCAGGAGCCAGCAAGAAGUGUUCCCUUUCCAGGAAUUGGCUCCUUAUGCACACUCAGCAGUACUGGUGUAAGUUUAAGCACUUUCUGAAGCCAUCAGUGCUUCACCUGGAGGCACGUCUGCUGGAAAAGAUUUUCGGUCCAAGCAGAGCCCUCCUUCCGGGCUUCGAACGGGAGUUCAAAGUCCUGCUCCAGAUGAGAGAGCGCGACUCCGAGGGCAAGGUUGAAAUCUUCAUCAUGGGGAGACACCGGUACCGCAAGCGUGCCAAACGGCUGAUUCGCUUUUUGGCCGUGAAGCCGCAAAGGAAGCCGUGCGAAGGCACAAUGAUGCUCAGCCUGGAAACCAUGAAGUCUCUUGAAAAAGAGAAUGUUCAUUCCAGUGCUUUCCUCUCCACCAUAGUGAUGAGCAGCCUGGAUGAAGCCAUGCAGUCACUGGAAAUAAGUCAGGAGACUGUCCAGGAACCUGUUACCAAAACAGUGUGAUUUUUGUGAUUAGGAUCUCAGUGCAAGGGGUUCAGUCUGGGUCAGGAGCCUUACCCUUAGAGGCCCAUUCUGUACUCUGCCUUUGUUCCUGUGGCUAAGGGGAAAUAAGUAUUGUUAGUGGUCUACACACCUUUUUCUUCCUAAACAAAUAGACAGUUGUUUAAAGAUUCAAACGUGAGUUAUAAUAAAAAAUAAACUUUAAAAAAAUAUAUAGAUAGAGAUUAGUAUCGUCAAGAAAGGCAAUCUUGCUUUGCAUGCUCCAAGAAGGGAAAGAGCUAAGAAUUAACAAAUGGUUGGUUCUCCUUUUUCAUAGUGUUUUGUAUUAGGUGGGUAUAGCUAGGAUCUUUAAUGUUCCAGGGAGCUUUUGUAGAUAAGGAAGAACUUUACUGUUUAUUCUUUCAUUAAUGCUAAUUUUGAAAAAAAAAUGUUACAUUGAUAUUAAACAAGCUUUAUAAACCCAAUUGUUAAGCGUUGAAA